CAGAACUAAUGAUGUGACUGCUUGGAUUUCCCAGCAAUGAUUCUGAGUAAUGAGCUCACUGAUAUCAAGCUGUUUUGCUGAUGCUGAGCAGGCAAAGUGUGAUGGAAACGCAAGCGCAUCAUUAUUGUAUUCAGUGAAUGGGGUGGUUCUGGGUCAGAAGCUUCAGGAAGGGCAGAACUUUUGGCUGAGUCGAUUGAGAUGUGCUCAAACCAAAAGGACUUGUGGGAUCAAUGAGAAAUGCUUGUCCUUGUUAAAGAGUUGAGGAGCUUCUCUUAGUCAGGGCCAGUCGCUGGUGCUUUUCAGCCCUGUCAAACGACUGUACCAGCUUUUCUCAACAGCAAAUUGAUGAGGUGUUUAUGCAUAACAGCACUCGCUGGCAGCCGCCUGCUGAGUUAGUUAGCCCGGAGGAAAGCCUUUCCUUUUGCUUCCUCUUUCUUCCCCUGCCCACAUGGGUCCCCAGCUGCCACCAGCAGCAAUCCAGGAACUGGCAGUCUAAGAAUCCUUCCCUGGAGCUGGGAAGGUCCUUGCUGGCAGGAGUUGGCUGUGCUCGCAUGCAGCAGCAGGAGGGGACCAGACCUCCUGCCCCAGAUAUUUCCCUGCCUCACAGUUAUAGGGUCACAUGUGCCUGGGACACAACUCAGAGCUUUCAGAUGGUAUCAGGGAUAAGCCCCAAGCUCUGCUUUGCAUCCCCAAGAAGGGCUCCCACAGGGUUUGGUUCAGCACAAAGCAUGUUGGGGUUCGGAUGAACCCCUCCAUGGCCAGCUGGUUCCUUGCAGUGCAGCAGAGCACAGCACAGUGCUGCUGAGCCACCUUUGCAGCAGAACCACUCUGCCCUUUCUCCUGACCCCGCUGUGUGAUUCCUGCCCUCCCUUCACCCUCCCUUUUCUCACCAGUAUCUGUAAAAUCAACCUCUGUGCCAGCCCCAUCAGCGCACACCGCACAGCGUCAGUGCUCAGCCUUCUCCCAUAGCAGAGAAGCACAGUUCACAGGGGGAAGCAUCCUGCAGCACAGUGAUGCCGUUCAGCCCACUCUCAGGCAGUCCAUGCUGCAGCUUCCCCUGCCCAUCUGUGUGUGCAGCCCUGCACCCAGCUGUGGGGAGGAUGCAUUGUGAGCGAGCAGAGGGGGCUCUCUGCCCUGCACGCCGCUCGCAGCAAUAGGGCUCUGUGCCCGCCCAGCUCCAGGAUGCUGCAUCUGAAGGUCCAGUUCCUGGAUGACUCCCAGAAGAUCUUUGUAGUGGACCAAAAGUCCUGCGGGAAGGGGCUGUUCAACCUCACCUGCAGCCACCUCAACCUGGCGGAGAAGGAAUAUUUCGGGCUGGAGUUCUGCAGCCAGGCUGGGAACCAUGUCUGGUUGGAGCCUCUAAAGCCCAUAACAAAGCAAAUUAAAAAUCCUAAGGAGGUUCUUUUCAAAUUUAUGGUGAAAUUUUUCCCAGUGGACCCCGGACACCUGCGAGAGGAGCUGACGAGGUACCUCUUCACCCUGCAGAUCAAGAAGGACCUGGCGCUGGCGAGACUGCCCUGCAGUGACAAGAGUGCUGCUCUGCUCGUCUCCCACCUGCUGCAGUCUGAGCUGGGUGACUUCCAUGAGGAGACGGACCAGCAGCACCUGGCCACGCACAGGUACCUGCCCAACCAGGAGUACCUGGACAACAAGAUCAUGCACUACCAUCGGCGGCACAGGGGGAAGACACCGGCUGAGUCGGAUGCCCAGCUGCUGGAUGUGGCCAGGAAGCUGGAGAUGUAUGGGAUUCGCCCACACCCUGCCAGCGACGGCGAGGGGACACAGAUCAACCUGGCGGUGACACACAUGGGGGUGCUGGUCCUGCGGGGCAAUACAAAGAUUAACACAUUCAACUGGUCCAAAAUUCGCAAACUGAGUUUCAAGAGGAAGCAUUUUCUCAUCAAGCUCCAUGCAAACAUUGCUGCUCUGUGCAAGGACACGUUGGAAUUCACCAUGGCGAGCAGGGAUGCCUGCAAGGCUUUCUGGAAGACGUGUGUGGAGUACCAUGCCUUCUUCCGGCUGUCCGAGGAGCCCAAGUCAAAGCCCAAAGCCCUUCUGUGCAGCAAGGGCUCGAGUUUCCGCUACAGUGGGAGGACACAGAGGCAGCUGCUGGAGCAUGGGAGGAAGGCAAAGAUGAAAAGCUUACCCUUCGAGAGGAAGCACUACACAUCGCACUAUGAUGAGAGGCAGUGCCGCUCCUCCCCGGACCUCCUGACAGAUGUGUCCAAGCAGGUGGAGGAGCUGCGCUUGGCCUAUGGCAGCUGCGGCUCCUUCCGCACUGCCAGCGGGGUGCACACCUCGGAGCCCACAUUGGACAGCCGCCACAGCGGGUCUGCCACCGCCAUGAUGUUCGCUGCCGAGCUGGAGCGCUUCAAGCCUGAAGUGGCCCCCACCUUCCUGCCUCACUCCAAGAGCAGCUCUGCCUUCCCCUUGCUCUACGCCCAGCUGGAGCUGGAGCGGGCAUGGGAGCCCACAGACCCCUUUAGCAGCAGGAGCCCCUUGACGUCCUUCCGGCCCCACCACAAGUUCAGUGGGAGCAGCAGGAGCCCCUCGGUGGGCAACAUGCGUGAGGUCAGCGCCAGGCCGCUGGUGUACACAGACGUGCCGUGCCCUCCGCUGCCACCCGCCCCGGCUCCGCAGCUCCUCUUCUAUGUGGACAGGCCACCAGAGCCCCUGUGCCAUGUGCCCAGCGAGGAGGGGGGGGGAGCGGCCGGUGGGUGCAUCCCCACAGCCACCAAAACGGGCAAGUGGGGCCCCAGCAGCACCUGGAUGGGGGAACUGCAGCACGAGGCUGUGGGCACCGGGGUGGGCCCAGAAGGGGAGAGAAGGCAGCCGGCUCGUUCCUUCGACUACAGCCUUCAGGAGCAGCCGCCCAAGCGCUCCUGGAGUCAGUCGGACAUGAAGGCCAUCCGCUUCCCCUACAGCUCUGAGUUCAGGCCCCUGGGUCCGUGCCCAGCCCUGAGCAGCAGGAAGGCCGGCAUGCUGCAGCACGUGCUGGCCCAGCACAGUGCAGUGCCAGGGCUGCGGCGUGCCAAUGAGCGCUAUGUGGGCAGCAGCACCGAGUCCAGCGACUCCGAUUCUGACCUGCUGGCUGCCGACUACUGCUCCCUGUAUGGCAGAGUGCUGCGGGCACCCAGGGCCCGUGUGCGGCUGUCCUCGGGCAGCCUGCAGCUGGAGGAGGAGGAGGAUGAAGAGGUGUCCUUGGCUACUAGUGCUGCUGAAGAGAGGACUUCCAGGUAUUUCACAUAGGUGCCUCCUGCCUGCCAAAAGGAGAGGCUUGGCUGAAGGAUCACAGGCCUGCUUGCUGUUUGUGAAACAAGGUGGUCUGCUUGUGUUGUGUGAGUGAUGUUAGCUGUAGAGGAUGUGUUAACAGAUAGCUGAGGGCAUCCAGAAGUACCCAUCCCCUGUGGCACGUGAGGAAGCCGCCACAUCGCUGUCAUCAAGCAGAUCCCAUGCCCAGCAGAAGGGCUCUCUUUAAGCCUCACAGCCACCAUCUCCAGUCCUAGCAAGGCUGGUUCGGAGCUCAGCCACUGCUGCUGUUAUCAGUACACUGUGAGAGAAGGAAAAGGCAGCCCAUGGAAGUUCAUAAGCAUCUUGUUUUCCCAGCCCCAGGAAAGCAAAGUCAGGGAGCUGCUAAUGCCGUAGCAAAGAGCUUGUCUGCUACCCCACCUUACACUGAUGCUCCCAGCCCUUGAGAGCAGCUGCACACAUAAGAUGCUUCUCAUAAUGCUCUGAGCCAUGCACAUUAUCAUUCCCUAAGAAACAUCAUGGAGAGACUCAUAAAUCAUUUAGGUAGCUUCCCACAGUGAGCUCCUGAAAGCAGGGUAAUGAAUUACAUCGUAUGGCCUCACCUUUUUUAGGUCUCUUUUAUUUAGGUUUAUGAGUUUCUGGUAGCAGCUCUGACACCCAGGCCCAUCACUGCCUUGAUCAAAUACAGGGGAGACAUAUGUAAUGGAAGCCCCUGGUCUACCCACAGGCCACAGUCAAGCAAAGUGGGGUUAAAAACCUUAGGAAGGGGCAGCUGAUGCUCACCCUUGGGUUGAAGAAGCCAAACUUUCUUGUUUGCUACUUGAAUACCAGCUCUGGUAAAAAUAAAGGAGGGAGCUUCCCAGCAGCCUGAGGGUGGGAGGAGGGAGAUCCCCGAUUUAUCCACUGCUUCCAGAAAAGGAAUAAAGGUACUUCUUAGAAA